AGGAAAGAAAGUUGGGUCUAAAACGUUAUUUGGUUUUGACACAAAUCUGAUUGGGCAAUGAGAGACAAAUUUCCGCUGUGUGUUGACCUCAACCUUAUAUAAGGUCCUCACUAGGAAUUUUCAGUCUGAUGGCUUCUUUUUGUGAGACACUUUUGGCUGAAAGACAACAGAAACAUAGAUUUCAAAACACUUUCCUUCAACCUUCUCCUGAUUUCCUGUGGAAAACAAUGCAUGGGCUCUUCCUUGUCCUGGUGAUGUGUACAGUGGGUGCCUCUUCUUUCAGACUCCAGCAAGUAAAAAACACAGAAAACUGCCCAGAUCACACCGUGUUUUUCAAACACUACUAUGAACUACAUGAAGAACCUGUGGUUCUGAAAUGCCCUUCCCCCAGAUACAAACAUUUGGAUUUCUCUGCCUUGAUCCCUAAUAUCACAUGGUAUAAAAAUGGUUCAAACACCAUGAUAUCAGGAAGAGACGAAGAUACAAGAAUCUGGGCAAAAGGAAAUGCACUCUGGUUUUUACCAGUGAUGCUAGAAGACUCAGGAGUAUAUAUCUGCACAAAAAGGAACUCCUCCUACUGUGCCGAGGUCUCCAUCCACCUCACAGUUGUGGAGAAAACAGCUGCUCGGGAGAUUGCCUAUCGCCAGGUCCUCUUCACUUUCACCUCUGGAAGGAUUGUUUGUCCCGACCUGUGGGAUUUUACACCAAACAGGACAAGCCUGGAGCUCAAGUGGUACAAGGAUGCUCUGCCUUUGGAAGAUGACAAUGAAAGAUUCAUCAUUCUGAAAGGUUCAGAGUCUCUGAUCAUGGCAUCUGUGCUACCGACAGAUGCGGGGUAUUACACCUGCAAGAUGUCAUUUCCAUUUGAAGGUGUGGAGUAUGAAAUCACCAGGACAAUUCAACUGGAGACUGUUGAACAAGAGAAGAGAAUUACCCCGAUAAUUGUGUAUCCAGCCCAAAAGACAACAUCAGCUGCUCUUGGCUCCAAGAUGACUCUCCCAUGCAAAGUGUUUGUUGGGCUGAGCAGCCAUUUUCAAACUGAUGUGGAAUGGCUGGCAAAUGACACCAGCAUUGACGUGGUUUAUAAACAAAGCAGAGUUACGGAGGGGGAACGACAAGAAAUAGUAGAAAAUGGUGAAAACUUUAUUGAAGUACCACUGAUUUUUGAUUCUGUUGAAGAAGUGGACUUUUACACAGACUUUACUUGUCUGGCCCAGAACACAUAUGGAUACCAAGUACUGCCAACAAGGGUCAAGCAGGAAGCUGUUGGUCUGUCCUGGUACAUUGCAAUGAUUCCUGUUGCACUGGCCUGUGUGAUCGUGGGAGGGAUAUGCAUGCACAAGUGCUGGAAGCAGAGAGCUGAUAAAGAAUAUACAACACCAAAGGUUUAAAAUCCACUUGGUUUUCCAGCUGCCAACAGAACAAAAAAUCGCCCUGGCUAUCUUUCACAUCAGACAGAGAGAGCGUUUCAGACCUGAUAUCCUGCAUUCCCAACAGACUGAUAAUAACAGCUCUUUCCCACUUUUCCCAGUCUUCUAUGAUCUGAUGAAGUUAAGAAUAUAAGUUUGCAUUUAUAUGCUGCUUAGAUGCAGGAAAUCUGUGUCUAUUGUUUUGCAGCUAGGGUGCAAUCUGGAGAAUUUUGGAACACAAAACUGUGCUCUGGAUAUGGGAAGAGUAGGAAAAGGGAGGUGCUCUCAUCCUUUCUAAUUCCAAUAGAUGUACUGGUUUUUUAAAAAAAGGAAAAGAAACCCCCUAAAAUCUAAAAAGGGAAGCUAAGGAGGCUUGCUACAGAAGGACUAUUUGACACUAGAGUGAAAAAGGUUUUCCAUACAAACAGACUAAAUUUAUUUUACUUCAAUCUAAAAAGAGCCAUUUGUUUUCCCUUUUCCAGAGCCAAAUGAAGUUGUCAUGGCAACUGUAUAUCUAUGAACUUCUCCACAGAAAAAAAUAAUUUUGUUCACCAUUUGGAUUACACUUUGCUUAAACAGACUGUCUCAGAAUAUCUCUCCCCCAGAGAUAAAUCCAUCUGUAUAACAGAUAACUGUACAUAGAAGAAUUCAGUUCUGUUUUAUCUACCAAUAUGUUGUAGCUAGAGAUUCAUAGGCAGCUGUAACAUGUCAUCUUUGCCAAGGAAAGAAUUGGAGGGAUGUUUAAGGGUUUUGAGAGUAAUUUGGCUAAUAAAAAGUUUAUUCCUGGAAGUGAUUGGACAGAUUGCCAGUAAUAAUGAA